CCCCGGAUAAAAAGGAGAGAACAUAUGUUAAAGUAAAUUAUUGUUGAUUUUUAUGUUAACUUUAUAGGAUUCCAAUUCCUUUUCUUUAGGGACAGAAUAACAAACACAACAUUAAUAAUAGCUAUACUUUUAAUAUGUUCUCUUACUAGCAUUUUUUCUUCUACUUGAGAUUAAUACAAUGAAUGAUUGGGCUCCUCCUCUCAUAGCUGCAGCACUGUUUUGGCUAUUAUCACCAGGAAUGAUCUUUCAACUUCCAGGGAAGAAUGCACCCUUUGAGUUUUUGAACAUGAAGACAACUAUUGCAUCAAUUUUUGUACACGCUGUUAUUUAUGGUUUGCUUCUUAUGUUGUUCUUUGUUGUUCUUAAUGUUCAUCUUUAUAUCACUUGAAGUAGAUUGAUCAAGUCAUAAUAAUAAUAUAUGUUACUUUUGAUUGAUUUUUCUAUUUAGGGUUUCUUGAGUAAUUUGAUUGUUGUUUAUUCUUGGAAAGUGUUAUAUUUAUUGCAUGUCAUCUUUAUGUAAUAGUGAAGUUUUAUGUUACUCAUGUAAUUUGAUCUCUUACAUAAUUCUCAUAAUAUUUUCUUCA